AUGCCAAAACUAAAAGAAGGACGGGCAGACACCAGGAGGGAUCCUCGCCGGCUGAAUGGAUCUCUUGCCGCACCACUCUAUCUUUCAGACCCUUCUCUACCAAGUAGUGAUUACGACUUGUCAAAAGUUCUAGACGUCCAAGAUAUAACUGAAAACCCCUUCUGUCCCGUGCACAAGGGCACGCUGACCACAAGAGGACCAUCGGGGGACAUCCACGGCAAGCGAGACGACUAUGAGACCGCUCAGUGGGGCAGACCCACAGGCGUUGUCUUCCAAGGACAAAUGCUUUCAUUGUUCAAGCGAGAAGACCCGGGAUCAAUGCACUUGCGCCUCGAAAAGGUGCGAGGACACGAGUCGGAUUCCAAUCUUGACUGUGGUGGCAGCCAUGGAGACAGCGAAGAGAGAGGCGACGAUGAUUAUCGAAUCGGACAAGAGGAAGAGGAAGGUAUGCAAGACGACAGGCGCGAGAUCGGAGAUGGUCCCGGCGCAGACCGCGAACUGAACGGCGGAUUGUCACUCAGUCAGGAAACCGGAGACAUAGCGAAAGAGAGCAGUGCAAGCCACUGUACGUCCAGUCAUAAGAAUACCAAUAAUCUGCAAAGCGACACAAUCUAUUCUCCGUCUCCGCAUGACUCUGAUGACAACAUUAUCUUUCGGUCGAUGCGGGGGCCGAAACCCGACAUGAUGGAGGGUGAUGUCAAGGGAAGAGGGGGAUCCGCCGAAGAUGUUGGCGUAAAAGACGACUCGACCAACGAUGAAAACAUUGCUUCGUGUGAAAAGAUGAUGCCGCGCAAGCUCCUAUCUGGCAGACCUCUGCACGGCGGCGUGGCAUUGAAGGAUGGCAACCCGACCUCCGAGAAGCUUUCACAGGAAGAGGCGGAGAUGAAACAGCGACUCCUGCGACUGGCACAUUACGACGGAAUGAUGGAAGACGAGAAGUUUGCCUACAACGCGAAAUGGCCAGAAUGUACACAGCGCCUGUCUCAGCCGCAAGCUUGUGAGGUUAUCAAGAUAUUCGACAAAGAGGCGGAGGUGGGUGGUUGUCUCCUCGCGGAUGUCAUUGGAACAGGCAAGACCAGAAUAUCCAUUGCCAAGAUUGAAGGCAAGAAGCAUUUCACGACGCAAUUGCUGCAUUGGCGGGAUCACAAAGAAAGCGUUUGGUCAAUCCCCAGUCCGGGGAGCGUUAUCCAGUUCGGGAUACGUUCGACUUCUUGUGCGUUUGUACCUGAAGCUCCCCCGACUCGUGAACGACUUCCAGUUUUCGGAAUCCUCGCCAUCACCACCCCAUCCAAGGCUCUCGGUCAAUGGGAAUCGACGUACGGAGAUAUGAUCGAAAGCUCCCGGUCGGAUUUCUAUGUCCAACACGAGUCGAGCACGCAACGGUUGCGCGAUAUCCAGCGAAUCUGCGGCAAGUACAAGCAACGACAGAAGCAGAUGCCCAAGGCAGCCCAAUUUUGA